AUGCUGCUGUUCCAGCAGAUUGCUGUUGUACUGCAACCGGCUCAGCCGAGCCUCUUUAUCGGCCUCGGCUUGUCGUCUCUCAGCUUCAACCAGCGGGACCAUAGUCUUAUCAACGGCGUUAGCGGCUUCGAUCUUAACAACAUGAUCGACCAAUCUCUGAUGUCUCAUAUAAUGCAAGCAAUCAAGACUGGUGGUGAGUAG